UCACUGCCACGUCGAAGUGUCCGCGCUUUGCAGCGUUGCAGUGUGCACGCCGAGUACCUUUUAAAUCCACGUAUUUCCACACCGGUGUCCCCCUGCGAAGAGGCCAUGCUGCUGCCGGUGCUGAGCUGGUUCUGCUCCGCCCUGCUGUCCGCCGUCUGCGGCGGAGCUCUGCCGGAGGCGGAGGUCAAGAUCGAAGUCCUGCACAAACCUUUCCUCUGUCAUCGCAAAUCCAAGUAUGGAGACAUCCUGCUGGUGCACCAUCAAGGCUACUUCGAGAAUGGAACCAUGUUUCAUGACAGUCGCGCUGAUCCCGCUGAGGGUGACAGACUGGCAAUGUGGUUCACAUUGGGCAUCAGGGAGGUGAUCAAAGGCUGGGAUAAAGGCCUGCAGAACAUGUGCGCUGGAGAGAAAAGGAAGUUGAUUGUACCUCCAGCUUUGGCCUAUGGGAAAGAAGGGACAGUUAAAAUCCCUCCUGAAAGCACCUUGACAUUCAUCAUUGAGGUGCUUGAGAUCAGAAACGGGCCAAGGUCGCACGAGUCCUUCCAGGAGAUGGACCUCAAUGACGACUGGAAGCUUUCCAAGUCGGAGGUAAAACAAUACUUCAGGAAGGAGUUUGAGCAUCAUGGCUACCCUCCCAAUGACACCUUGCACGAGAACAUGGUCCAAGACAUAUUCGCUAAGGAAGAUGAAAAUAAAGACGGCUUCAUAUCCGCCAGGGAGUUUACUUACAAACACGAUGAACUUUAAAGGUGCAAGGUGUCCUGUCACUUUCAUACUGUAUUUGUUCACUCUCCUCCAGUUUUCCGUAUCUGGCGCAUUGACAGUUUUCAGGUUACCUUUGUGUCUGUUGGAUGCGUGACAUUGAACACAUUGUUGGUGAAAAUGACUGAAGCUACUGUUUUUGUGAAGUGAUCUUUCACAAACUUCUAACUUUGUUCUGGCUGGUCACCAAAUGUGGUUUUCCUCCAGGGACCUUGUAUUCUUGUCAAGCUUUGUAAUAAAUUCAAAAACUAUAUUUAAAAUGUGGGAAGAAUAGCUCGCAUAGGUUUUCACUGGGUACUUCCUCCCUUAUUCCAGAAAUAUCCAUUUUAGGUUAAUUAAAGUCUCAAAGUUAUCCAUAGAGCAUGAAUGUGAGUGUGAUUGUUUGUCUGUAUGUGGCCUAUCAUUGACUAGUGAUCAGUCCAGGCUGUCACGCCUGAGGUCAGCUGGGAUAGGGUCAAGAUCACCUGUGACCCCAAUGAGGAGAAGCGCUAUAGAAGAAGGAUGGAUGGAUAUAUAA